GCUCGCCGCUGCAGAGCGGUUCAGUUCCCGCACUCUUCCCGGGCGUCUCUUUUGGGUUCUCCUCGCGUCGCCGGAACCAUGUCGUUCGCCGAGACCAACCCGGCGGCAUCUUCCCUGCCCAAUGGCGAUUGCAGUCGCUUCAGGGCGCGGCCCGGAGGGAACCGGGUGACGGUGGUGCUCGGCGCGCAGUGGGGCGAUGAAGGCAAAGGGAAGGUGGUGGAUCUGCUGUCGCAGGACGCCGACAUCGUUUGCCGCUGCCAGGGAGGAAAUAAUGCUGGCCAUACAGUUGUUGUGGAUUCUGUAGAAUAUGAUUUUCAUCUUCUACCCAGUGGAAUAAUUAAUCCAAAUGUUACUGCAUUCAUUGGAAAUGGUGUGGUAAUUCAUUUGCCUGGAUUGUUCGAGGAGGCAGAGAAAAAUGUUCAAAAAGGAAAAGGUCUAGAAGGCUGGGAAAAAAGGCUUAUCAUAUCUGACAGAGCUCAUAUUGUGUUUGAUUUUCAUCAAGCAGCUGAUGGUAUCCAGGAACAACAAAGACAAGAACAAGCAGGAAAAAAUUUGGGUACCACAAAAAAGGGCAUUGGCCCAGUGUAUUCUUCCAAAGCUGCUCGGAGUGGACUUAGGAUGUGUGAUCUUGUCUCUGACUUUGGUGGCUUCUCUGAGAGGUUCAAAGUUCUGGCUAAUCAGUACAAAUCUAUAUACCCCACUUUGGAAAUAGACAUUGAAGGUGAAUUACAAAAACUCAAGGGUUAUAUGGAAAAAAUUAAACCAAUGGUGAGAGAUGGCGUUUAUUUCCUAUAUGAGGCCCUACAUGGACCACCAAAGAAAAUCUUGGUAGAAGGUGCAAAUGCAGCACUACUUGAUAUUGAUUUUGGGACUUAUCCUUUUGUAACCUCUUCAAAUUGUACUGUUGGAGGUGUUUGUACUGGUUUGGGUAUGCCCCCUCAGAAUGUGGGAGAAGUGUACGGAGUUGUGAAAGCUUAUACAACUAGAGUUGGUAUUGGUGCCUUUCCUACAGAGCAAGACAAUGAUAUUGGAGAAUUAUUACAAACAAGGGGUAGAGAGUUUGGUGUGACUACUGGAAGGAAAAGAAGAUGUGGCUGGUUGGACCUCGUUUUGCUCAGAUAUGCUCACAUGAUUAAUGGAUUUACUGCGUUGGCACUUACCAAAUUGGAUAUUUUGGACAUGUUUACGGAAAUCAAAGUUGGAGUUGCUUACAAGUUAGAUGGUGAAAUCAUACCUCAUUUCCCAGCAAACCAAGAAGUCUUAAAUAAAGUUGAAGUUCAGUAUAAGACUCUCCCAGGAUGGAACACGGACAUAUCAAAUGCAAGGACAUUUAAAGAACUACCUGUUAAUGCACAAAAUUAUGUUCGAUUUAUUGAAGAUGAGCUUCAAAUUCAAGUUAAAUGGAUUGGCGUAGGUAAAUCCAGAGAGUCUAUGAUUCAACUCUUUUAAGGAUUUCCAGUGACAGAAGAAACACUCCUUGAAAGGAGGAAUAAGACUUUCGUAAACAUUUCAUUUAUGAUCUGCAAAUUCAAGAAUAAAGCCAUUGAAGUGAGUUGUAAGCCCUACAGUUGUUUCCAGUCUUUUAAGAUGGAUGGCUGUCAUGGAAAUAAACUUUGGCAUAUUCCAGUGUCAGCUUUCCUUAGCUGACAUGAUUGCGGAAUCAUUUGUUGCUCCUGCUGCUCAUGGUGCCACAUUUUCUUUUAAUGUUUAGUAAUAGUAUAAUCCAUAUUGUUUGGAAUCUAAAAUAGAAUGACUUUCAACGUAGUUUUUCAUUAUUGGCAUUGUGUGUUCUUAGGUUUUACCCCUAUGAGAUGGUAAGAACAUUUUACC